UUUAACUCCUCUCUCUCUCCCUCUCUCUCUCUCUCUCUCUCUCUCUCUCUCUCUCUCUGCGUUUGUACACUUCACUCCAUUUUUUUCUUCUUCCCUCCACAAAAUAGGAAAGGAGAAAAUGGCAAUCACUCUUAUUUCUCUUCUAUUCAUUUCCCAAAUCCUGGGAUCAUCAUUAGCCAAUGCUUAUUGGCCUCCUCAACCUGGCUACUGGCCAAGCUCCAAGGUUAGGUCCAUGAGCUUCUACAAAGGUUUUAGGAAUCUUUGGGGUCCUCAGCAUCAGAGAAUGGACCAAAAUGCCCUCACCAUUUGGCUUGACAGCACCUCAGGAAGUGGGUUCAAGUCGGUCAAGCCAUUCAGAUCAGGCUACUUUGGGGCCUCGAUCAAGUUACAGCAGGGUUACACUGCAGGAGUGAUAACAGCUUUUUAUCUGUCAAACAGUGAGGCGCAUCCGGGGUUCCAUGACGAAGUGGACAUCGAGUUCUUGGGGACAACGUUUGGUAAACCCUACACGCUUCAGACAAAUGUGUACGUUAGAGGAAGUGGAGACGGCAAAAUCAUUGGCCGUGAAAUGAAAUUUCACUUGUGGUUUGAUCCCACCAAAGCUUUUCACCACUACGCUGUCCUUUGGAGCCCCAGAGAUAUCAUAUUCCUGGUCGACGAUAUUCCAAUUAGGAGAUAUCCAAGAAAAAGUGCCGAAACAUUCCCACUGAGACCGAUGUGGCUUUACGGUUCGAUAUGGGACGCAUCCUCUUGGGCCACCGAAGACGGAAAAUACAAAGCCGACUACAGGUACCAGCCCUUCGUGGCUCAGUACACCAAUUUCAAGGUCAUCGGCUGCACGGCCUAUUCUUCGCCCCGCUGCCGUCCCGUCUCGGCCUCCCCCUACCCUUCCGGCGGUCUGAGCCGGCAGCAGUACCAAGCCAUGAGAUGGGUUCAGUCUCACAACAUGGUCUACAACUACUGCAUGGAUCCUAAAAGGGACCAUUCCCUAACGCCGGAAUGUUGGCGUUAGAACCAAAAUAAAGGGUUUUUGGAUCAAGAAGGGAUGUUUCGUAUUUUAUCCAAAACGUUAUCCGAAAAGGGUUGAGAAAUUUUGGGGGUUUGUCAUAUCAUUGUGUGUUGGUUUGCUGGCGAGGAAUAAAGUUUUUGCUCAUAUAUAUA